CUUGUAAGUGUUAUUGCGAAUUUCUUUUUCUUUUUUCUUCAAGAAUUGCCAUCUACUUCCUAUCAUCUUUAUACAGAUCCCCUUACGUUUGUUUAUUGUCUCUAUGAUAUACAAAAAAAAAGGAAAAUGUAAAUCUCCAGGACAUAGUAGCCGAAUUGUUUGCUCAAUAUGAGCAGGGAGGACUCUUUUGGAUGGAAGCCCCUAUUUAUCCCCAUCAUACAUCUUCAUUAGGUUAUCAGUAUCAACCGGUUGCUUCCCGUGCUAUUCCAAUAAUCAAUCCUAAGGACAGAUCGGAGUCAUUGGGUGAGGCAAAUGUCGAGGAUGACGUGGAGGCCGAUGAUAUAGAAAGUAAUAGUCAGAGGGAUCCUGAGACGUGGGCUCGAAUUGACGAUGAUGACGAUACUACGGCACAAUCAAUCGCUACCCCGUAUGAUGACAAUGGAAAUGCUCUGCCGCGGGACACACUGGAUCCAUUUGAUGAUGAUGAAUUCAACCCAUUUGCGCCACCUAGUGCUUCGGAUUUGGCAGUCCUCAACGGUUCUCAAAAUAUGUCCUAUGGAAGCCAUUAUUCUUUAACGGACGGGCAGAUCCAAUAUCCCCCUCCAAUAUUUUACUCAACAGACGAGGACGCUGAAGCGGAUGAAAAUUAUGCUUUCCAACAGACAGCCAAUAUGGAUCAGGACAUGACACCUCUAGAAAUGCUGGUCAUCAUUCUUCGAGAUAUGGAUCCGGUCAAAAUUGAAAAAGCGUUUGAAAAGUGUGGUUACGAUUUUGAAAGGACUUUAGACUUUUUAAUUGCUUCGAGCCAUUCAAAUCAACAGAAUGUGUUGCCAAUACCGCCAGGAGUCGUUCGGUCGACUCAAACAUGUCGACAUUUCUUGCAGGGUAACUGUUUCCGUAAGGAUUGCUGGUACAGUCAUGACCUAGAUACGAUGGUCUCAAACCUUGCGGAUUUAAAAAAGGCUCAAAGGGCAAUGUUUGAAAGGAGAUACAUGCGAGUUCAACCAUUUUAUUGACACAAGUCGAGUAGCAAAGGUAGCUUCGCCGCCUCCAGUAAAACAAGAAUU